UCAUUUCCCAUCUCAACUGCUCAUUUCUUUAGACUCAGGUACGUGGACUCGGCUUUUCUAGGAGAAGGUCAGCCAGUUGCGAGAGAAAGGCAGAUGGAUCUGGAGGAGCAAAGGAAACAGCCACAGGAGGAGGAGGAGUUGGAGGUGGGUUUACGAGGAAGGCCGUCUCGCCGUCCUAGCGGCCAGAAAACCCCCACCUUCACCACCACUGCACCAUCCAGUGGAGUCUACUCUUCUUCCCAACGUCAAGAACUUGAGCCAGAAAAUGGGAUUUUCUUUAACAAGGUUGAAGGCACUGAAUCUAUUAAUGGAUUCUCCGACGAUUCAAAAGAUGUCAACGACGACGUUGCUCCAAUUUCUGAGUCUACAAGCUUACUGGCUGAGUCGAGCCUUCCAGUAUCCGACAAUGGGACAGGAUAUGAAAGUACUACCGUAAGAAAAGAAAGUAGACAGGAAUUAUAUCUGGACGAGGUUUAUAAGAAGCCAGUUACACACGAAUUCUACUGUCCUCACUGCCAUUCUUGCAUCACGAAAGUUGUUAUUCGCGAAAUCGAUUCUGCACACAGAGUUGGUUUAUUGAGAUGCACAUCAUGCUUCAGUUUUCUCACUCUCGCAGGUGAAUGGCUCUUGAGUAAUUUUGCACCCAAGGGGGAGGGAGUUGGGAAGCAAGACCCAGCAGAAACUAAUGUUCCACAAGAUCUACCAGAUGACUCGUUGAUACAAACAACUUCGGUUGUGGAUUCUCCAGCAACACAAAUUGUUUCAUCACCUGCUGAAAUGGUUAAACAGAAUCAGAAUCUUGGAUUCUCUCUUGAUGAGAAGCACUCACAAAAGGAGCCAGAACCUGAUGAAAGACCUGAAAUUCAAGCCGACAUUAAAGGUAAACUUACAACACAGAAGACUGAUGAAGCAGCAGUAGAAACCAUACCAAGCACAGCAAUCAUUAUUUUUGAUGAUGGACAGACACAAGCAAGAGAUGAGACAAAGUUGGAAAUCCUGAAAAGCAUUGUAUAUGGCGGUUUGAUGGAAUCAAUUACAAGCUUAGGUGUUGUGACAUCUGCUGCAAGUGCUGAUGCUGCCACAUUGAACAUUCUAGCUUUGGCAUUGGCAAAUCUCGUUAGUGGACUCUUCAUCAUUGGACACAAUCUUAGGGAACUGAAAAAUGAACAACCUGGAGGAGUUCCCUCAGAUCAGACAAAUGAACGAGAAGAACGUUACGAGGAACUACUAGGGAAGAGACAGAACUUCAUUCUUCAUGCCACAAUUGUCCUAUUAUCAUUCAUUGUCUUUGGAUUAGUACCUCCUGUAGUUUAUGGCUUCUCAUUCCAUAAAAGUGACAACAAGGAUUACAAGCUGGCAGCAGUAGCAGCAGCUUCUCUUUUGUGCAUUACUUUACUUGCCAUUGGCAAGGCUUAUGUCCAGAAGCCACCGAAGAACUACUUAAUCACUGUACUGAAGUAUGCUGUUAUUGGAGUUAUGGCUUCAGGAGUUUCAUACGUGGCAGGUGACCUGGUGAAAAAGAUCAUUGAAAAGUCUGGAUUUUUCCAGUCAGAUGUAGCUGUCACUGCACCUCUUGCUGGGAUGAAAUCGGAUACACUUGAAUGGGCAUCUUAUUGAUUUCAACUUAUUUUAGUUUGUGAUUUGGAUUUGUUUAAAUUUAUAUUCUUUGCUUUUGGAAAGCCUGAAUCAAAGGUUGUGCUGUUGUUACUGUUUGCUAUAAAUAUUGUUUAAUAAUCAAUUUGGAACACCACCAAGAACUCCCACUCAUAUUUGAGAGUACUUUUCACAUUCAAA